GGAAUCAAACCCCCAAGAUGGCGGCGGCGUCGGAGGAGCGGAUGGCUGAGGAAGGAGGCGGCGGCCACGGCGACGGCGGCCCCUCUUCGGCCGUCGGCUCUGCCCAGCGACUGCCCCCCCCGCCCCCGCCCCCGGCCCCGCAGCCGGGCUCUCAGGCGCCCCCAGCCCCGGCGCUGGCUCCCGACCAGCUGCCUCAAAACAACACGCUGGUGGCGCUGCCCAUCGUAGCCAUCGAGAACAUCCUCAGCUUUAUGUCCUACGACGAAAUUAGCCAGCUCCGCCUGGUUUGUAAAAGAAUGGACUUGGUCUGCCAGAGAAUGUUGAAUCAGGGAUUUCUAAAAGUGGAGAGAUACCACAAUCUAUGUCAGAAACAAGUUAAAGCACAACUUCCAAGGAGGGAGUCGGAAAGAAGAAACCACUCGUUAGCUCGUCACGCGGACAUCCUUGCUGCUGUGGAAACAAGGCUCUCACUGUUAAACAUGACUUUCAUGAAAUAUGUGGAUUCCAAUCUCUGUUGCUUCAUCCCAGGAAAGGUGAUUGAUGAGAUUUAUCGUGUGUUGAGAUACGUCAAUUCUACCAGAGCCCCUCAGCGAGCUCAUGAAGUACUUCAAGAGUUAAGGGACAUCUCCUCCAUGGCGAUGGAGUACUUUGAUGAGAAGAUCGUGCCCAUUCUGAAGAGGAAGUUACCAGGAUCAGAUGUGUCCGGAAGACUCAUGGGCUCUCCUCCAGUUCCGGGACCUUCUGCAGCCCUCACAACAAUGCAGCUCUUCUCCAAGCAAAACCCUUCACGACAAGAGGUAACCAAACUCCAGCAGCAGGUUAAGACAAACGGUGCCGGUGUGACUGUUCUCAGGCGUGAAAUUUCCGAGCUUCGCACCAAAGUGCAGGAACAGCAGAAGCAGCUUCAAGACCAGGACCAGAAACUGCUAGAGCAGACCCAGAUCAUAGGCGAACAGAACGCGCGGUUGGCGGAGCUGGAGCGCAAACUGCGGGAAGUCAUGGAGAGCGCGGUGGGAAACUCCUCAGGGGCUGGGCAGAACGAAGAGUCUCCUCGGAAACGGAAAAAGGCAGCUGAAGCCAUAGACUCCCUUAGGAAAUCUAAGCGUCUCCGGAAUAGAAAGUAAAGUGGGGGCGGGUCCUGGCUCCAGAGGAAGACGUGGCUGAAGCAGUUACGUACCUCAGGACGCCCCGGAGGCUUCUGGUCUUUCAGAAAGAACACAACUUCAGCUUGAACUCUCACGGUUGGGACAGUCUUCUCCCGCUUCUCCUGGUUGAACUGAUGCACAGAACCUUUUUACUUUGCAAUAGAUUUGUACUAACCAGACCUGUCCUAUCAUGUUUUGAGGAGUUAACUUUUUUUCUGUGCAGAUAAUGUUUAAAGUAAGUUUAUUUGUUCUUGCAUAUAUGCACAUUACAGAAGGAUCUAAACAAACCAGUCUGGACAGACUAGAAGUUAAGUUGAAUACAGAAAAUGUCCUGUUUCACUUGAAAGAAAAGACCUACUUUUUAAAUGGACAGUAUCUUGUUUUAAAAAAAAAAAAAAAAAAAAGAAAAAGUUGACUUUUUGUUAUAAGUGACCUUUGUCUGGAAUGUCUGAAAAGUAGUAAAUGCUUUUUGGUAUCGAAGUAAUGGGUAACUAAAACGGACUUCCAUAGUGUUGACUAUAGGAGGGGCCUCUACAGUAUUGACUAUAUAUUUUUAUAAACUACUGGCAAGGGACUUAUCCAGUUGUUCUACACAUGUUUUCAGUUCUCUUCUGGGACCACGCCCUGCAUUUGCAUGGAUGCAUGCACGCAUCGCCUAGUCAGCUCACGUAAAAAGCUCUUGCACUGGUAUUGACCUUGAACCUCUCUACUUCUCCACUUUCUAGAGCAGCGUUAGUUUAUUUGAGCACCUACCAUCUUCCACCACCACAACAGCUUGCCUCCAGGGAAGAAUUAGUCAGUCCAUUUGUCCUCCGGUUUUAGGGGAAUGAGGGAGCAUCAAAGCCCAUCGCUUUCUCUGUUCUCUCUAGGGUUCAGGUGCAGUGGCCAAGGCAGAACCCCAAACUCCAAGGCUCUGUCAGUGUUGGACCUCUGGGGACUGGUAGUGGCCCUUACUCACCACCGUGUGUGUUCGUGGAUCAGUGUGGUGAUCACCACGGGUGUGAGCAGGGGACCCAGCUUGUGGGAUACAGUUUUGCCAUUGAAAGAAAGCUCAUUGAAGAACAUCCUACUAUGAAAAAGCAUUUUCAUCAUUUCAUUUCUGGGAGAUGACCUGAGGGAAGCUUUUAAAUAUUAAUUUCAAGCUUUCCUUAUCCUACAACUUUAAACAAAAGCUUUAAUUUCGUUUGCACUCCUGUUUUGAGCGUGUAACUGGAAAAGCAUGUCUUGCACUGUUCACACUGCUAAGCGGUCACUUUAACAACCUCCAAAUUGUGUACAGUGGUUUCUUUCCCCACUUGUAUAUUUUUGAGACCUUCAACUAUUACUGUCCUCGUUUUAUGUUAAUGUACUAAAUUAUGUAGUUAUUAUUUGACUGAUAAGUUCUUUUAUCAACUCUCAACAACUGUUGCCUUGGGCUUCAGUUCUUUAAAAUAGUUUUAGGUGUAAUAUAGAAAAUUAUCCCUGUCCAGGUGGGAGUUUGACACCUGCAUAAAACCUAAGGUUUUGGUAAGUACCUUAGUUGAAUAAAAGCACAAAGUUACCGCCCUUUUCACCCGUCCACCAUGACACGGUUAUGCAUCCUUUAACCUCACCAAACGAAACUUUUUCUUACCCAUUUUUAAGAUUGUCCUUCCAUAAUACUGUCCUUAGAUUUUGAUCAAUUUUCUGUCUGACUUGGAAACUCCAUUUACAAUGUAGUACGUUUUCAAUGAAAAAACAAAAAAAAAUACCAUAUAACAUCCAAGUGUUUCAUGGUUUGUUGGGAAGGUAAUUUUAAAAUAAACAAUUUCCAAAAAACAUUUGUCAGCCAAGGUCAUCCAUAAAAGUCCCCGUCUGGAACUCGUUUUCUCGGCAGGUGUCAUUUUUGUAAUCCUAGGAUUUAGCCAUAUUGUCCUAACUCUGGAGCAGGCCUACUGGAAUACUCAUGGCUGUGAAUAGUCUGCCUUCCCGGUAAUAGGAAGACUCUAUUAACCAGGUAACAUGUUUACAGGUUUACAAAGUAGGAUCCUUACGCAUCAAAGGGAUACAACCUCAGAUGAUGAGCAGUUGUUCAUGAACUAUUUAAAGUCCCUGGGUUUCUUUUUAAACUACACCUAGACACCCUAAAUGUAUGUAGAAUCUUCCAUUAGUUAGCAUGAGUAUUUGGCUUUCACAGGAAGCAUCCACACUAUCAGAAGGUAGAUUUUCUGUUUCAAAAUCCACACUUACACAGGAUUCGCUCGUAACUGUCCAGAAGGCCCCUGAGUUGCACUUGUUAAUGCACGAAUGUUCCAGAAGAGUAGGAGAAGAAAGCACUACAGUUCAGUUGUCUGCUUAAGUCUUAAAUCUGACUUAAGACAUCUCGCUAAAAACACGUUAGGCUGUGGCCUUGACUGAUUUGAUAGCUGUUACACUUGCUUUGGGAUAGCAUAGUGGCAUUUAGGGUUCGACGGAUCACAAAUUUGCAUCCGCUAAAACCGACAUGCCACGGGAAGGUUGCAGACUAGCCUCCCGAAUGGGAAGAGUCUUGCCCUUGCCUGGGGUUAGACACCGGUGGCUUCAGCGCCAGAUGGGAGCGUCAUGUUGUCCUGGAACGAGAUGCCAUGAGUUCCUUGGGUCCUCUUCCUUGGCUGUUUCUCAGAGGAGGCUUCUCUGUGUCAGCGGGUCACUCCCACUAGUGACUCGAUUAUGGCGCAGCGCCCGUGACACAGACCCGAGGGGAAGAGGCGUCAGGAACGACGGGGACUUGCCCCCGCCUCACCCACCCAGGGCCCCCCACGUCUCUCCCACAUGGACUCGGCUCGGUUUUCACAUAAUCGAAAUACGGAUUCUUUCAGGACGUGAGGUUACAGAACCUGCUGCUUUUCAAGCUCCUUUGUCGCUGUGCAGAGCCUGGAAGUGCCGAGGCAGACGCAGACGGAGCACCAGUAAUGCAUCAGACUGCUUUAAAGACUGUCGGGCUGCCAUCUGGUCUAAAGCCACUGGUUUUAGAAGCAGCUUUGUUUUUGUUUUUGUUUUUUGGUAAGACGUGUUUUUUGGAAUACUGAACUUUACAGGGGCUUGCCUUAAUCUCUAUUUAGUAGUUUCAAGGUGUUAUGCGCUAUUAUUCUACUUGUUAAAAUGUUGAAAUAUUCUAUGUAGCCCCGAAGGUGGGUAAAACAGUAUGAGUCAUGCCUAAAUAAAUAAGCUAAAGGUGUCACUCUAGCUGGAUUUUUUUGUUUGUUUGUUUUAGAAAAGAUGGACGUAUGAACAGAGGCUAUGUGUAAGAAGCAAAAACCAUGGCACCUUGAGAUUGCACUAUUUUAUGCAUUGUUUUCUAUGCCAUUUCAUAGCCUGCACUUUAAUCUCCAAAGAAACAAUGUAUGAUGUCCCAGUUCCUGAUCAAUAGGAAACUGUUUCCUAAGACAGGGGACUUAAUUCUGUUUUACUGAGAGUUUCUUGGAGGUGGAUCCCUUUCCUGAGUUCUCUAUUUCCUUAGCCAUUAAUAUUUUCUAGGAUCUAGGAACUCCUGAUCUUGUAUGUUUCCAACAGUAUAGAAUUUUAAUUUAAUGUAACGUAAAAUCUCAUCCUUGGCGAUCAGCACAUUCUUACAUGCUGCCCUAGCAGUGAGUACCCAUUUGUUACAGAGCCCUCUCGAAAUAUCAUGUAAGUACGAUCUGAAGCCGGGAAUAGAGGCAUUCUUAAAAGUAAACGUCCCGUAUGAUGCAGGCUCUCAGAACCGGCUAUUUCUAAUAGAGAACACAUAAGGUCCGAUCUGAUAAUGCCGUCCAGUUUCUUGAGACCUGAGUCCCUUUAGUCCACGAAAGGUUAUGAAGUUAAAACUCCUCGGAAAUAACAAGCUUCUGUAGCCCGCUAUCUGAGGUCAAUUCUUUUCAAAAAAUACUAAAGCAAUCUAAAAAAUGAAACUAGCACUCGGUUGACUGCUGCCCACCAUUUUCUUUUUAGUAGCAGUACUUUAUGUUCGUGGUAAGUAUAGCUUAAGUAAUGUUGGCCUUUUCCAGCUUCCGAAGAAUCUUUGUUAAAUUCCUAAAAUUCAAAAGUUAAAUCCAAACUUAACUUGUGUCUGAAGAGAACCAUGGGAUUUAGAAGCAUAUUGGAAAUCUAUGAGGUCCAUUGCCAAAGUAUACUGGUCCAUAUUCAAAACUAUACCAAAAGUUUAGAAGUGUUUUUAAAAUUCCUUCAUGUGGUACCAUGUCUGUUUACUUAUGCUCAUGAGCACCAAUAAAUUACUAGUUUGCCUUCUGGAAUUUCAAUUGUUAUAACCUAAUUGAAUUAUUGAAAGUGAAAAGCACCUCCCGCUCACACAACAGGGUACGUGAAUAAAUGUGUUGUAACCAGU